AUGGACUGGGUUUACUGGGUUUACUGGGUUUACUGGGAUUUAUCUAUUUUACACCAGAUGACACCAGAGCAGCAGCAGCACAUCUACUUAUUGUCAAGCCAACAAAAAGUCCGUGAUGCUCUCUGCCGGCUGAGAGUUUAGCUCCAACAUGUCGACCUCAGACUCCGAUUACUCCAUCGACUGGCUCGCCAGCGAUGAAGACGACGACUACGACGAGAGCAGCCCGAAGAGAUUAAGUCCUCGGAGCGCGGAGGAGUCGCCUCUAACGCCUCCAUCAUCACCACCAUCAUCUUCAUCUCCAUCCUUAAGGGAAUCUCCUACAAGCUGCUUCCACUCCCAGAGGAGGAAGAGGAGGAGGAGCUGCUGCGACUCUAAAGAUGGAGGCCUCCGUCGGGUCGAUGCCGACUCUCCCGCCGACCCGCAGGCCUCGGCGGUCGUUCCGGUUCAGGGAUUUACUUCCGUCAGCGAGCAGCUCUCUGAGGAGUCAAAGCAUCAUUCAGACAGGAAGAGACUCUGUGGAAAGACUCCUCCAGACACUGAACAUGAACUAUUCUCACAGAAGUGCGGCGAGCUGCAGCGCUACAUCCCGCCGCUGUCGUCCAUCCUGCGGGGCCUGAGAUCAGGCAGGUACUCUGAACGUCUCAGCAGUUUCCAGGAGAGCGUUGCGAUGGACCGGAUCCAGAGAAUAAUGGGGGUCCUUCAGAAUCCAAACAUGGGCGGACGCUUCCUCAGCAUUUUACUGAAAAUAGAAGGAAUGCUUCAGAGUUGGUUUCCUCACAUCAGACCAGACCCGACGGAGGACGGCUCUCCGGCUAAACCGCAAAAGCAUCAUGGCGCCGCCUCCUCUCUUCCUCCAUCCUCGGCGGCGUCUCUCUCCUCCUCCAGGCGUCUCCACCCGUCGCCCACCUGCUUCCCUAAGUCACCUGACCCAACACCUGGCCGGCCCACCGCCACCACCUCCACCUCCACCUCCCCUCCACCCGCACUCUGCAGCCAGGACGUGACCCAGGACAGCGCCGUCUCCUCCAGCACCGACUCACGCUCGGGGCCGCCCCCCCGCCGCCUCGGCCGGGCGCCAUUUAAGAUCCGCUCGCCGUGUCUGGAGAGACUCCUGCGGGCGAAGCAGAGCAUCGUCUCUCCGAGGACGGCUGGAGACGGAGGCUGGUCGUCCUGAGCUGAUCUGAGGUCAGAUCUCAUCGUGGCUUCCACAAAAACACUACAAGGCCUUAAAAAAAAGCAUGUUUUCAAAGUCUUCUACAUCUUUUUUUGUUGUUUUCUAAAAGUUCUCCAGCAGUAAAGAGUCCGAAUGUGAUGAAGAAAUAACCACGGUUAGAACGGACGCUUUAGAAAAGACUUUGGACGUCUUCACUGAUAUUUGAGUUUGAUGGAUUUCUUCUUCUAACGAGUUCAAAAGGUUAAAACAAUGUUUGCAGAAAAUAACUGAUUGAUUUGAGGACUCUGAAAUAAGAAAGGAAGGCUUCAACACUGACUGUUACCUUGUGAGAUCUGCUUCUCUUUAGGUUGUUUUUUAAAGAUUCCUCUACCUCAUGCUGACAGUAACGACACGGUUUGACCCCGUCAGGACACCGUCACUGCCGGGUCAGAACAAACAACAACUCUGGUGUUUCUUUCUUUUCAAUAUUGAAAGAUACCACGAUGUUUCCAAAAGUCAGUUUUUUUAUUUUAAUAAGCUUGAAAUCUACAGUUUUUCUUUCUGAGGGAUUUUAAAAGAACGAUUUGAUCCCUAAACUGAUCGCUUUGGAGCUCUUUUGUUUUUCAUUAAUGGAUCAGUUCCUCUUCUUUCUCACCUCACAUGAGUUUCAGGCUGCUGAACAGAAACAGUUAAAUAUAUUUUGGAGACAGAACCCAAACGAUCACACAGACAGACAGAGGAAAAACACAAACAUCUCCUGCCACGAUUUAAAAGAUGGGUUUGGAUUUUUUUUUCCAAAGGUAAU